AUGACGACGCUGGAGGAAGCCAAGGCCUUCUUGAAGAAGGAGUCGGCCGACGGGACGAACCUGUACGACCACCUGGGAGACGUGCUGCUCAAGAUCAUCGUUGAGCGCCCCGAGAAUCUGCAUGAGACCUUUGAAAAUAUCUCCGCGUUGGUGAAGCAGCAGCGCUAUCUCGCGCCCCAACAACCGCCGACCGUGGAUGCUAACACUCAGUUGUCGAGCUUUAAGAAGCAAGCGCUAGCACAUCAAGAAAACUGGUGCAAUGUAGCUCUGGAGCUGCUGAAGCUCAAGUCGGAGGAGGAAGCCCCACCAGAACCUGCUACUGGCGUGGCUGAUCUAUUGGACGAAGCGAACAUGUUCGAGUGGGCUGGGCUGGGGUUUUCCAAGGGGGAGACGUUCCGACUGUCGUUGGCUUUGCAGCGCCUUGCUCAGACAAAUGGCACUGUGAACAUGCGCUUCUGGGGGAAGCUACUGGGGCGCGGGGCUGAUUACUACGUCGCCGAGGGCGAGUUGCCUACCCCAUAUGAGCCGGAGGACCAAGAAGCGGAGGAAGGGGCCACGGGAGCGAACAAGCUCACGUACUGGGUGAUGAAGGACAACGGGGCAUACCAGUGGGUCCAACUACCUCCUGUGCGUCGCGAGCAGAUUUUAGCAGCACGACAACUGCGUCGUUAUGUGCAUGGCGACCUGGAUGCCCCUGUGCUUGGGCACCCGCCGUUCCCCGGGCUGGAGAAGAACUACCUGCGCGCGCAGAUUGCUCGCAUCUCUGCAGGCACGGUGCUGUGUCCAGCUGGAUACUUCCAGGUGUCCGAAGAAGGCGAUAUAGCUCCAGCCGAGGAGCCGGAGAUCAAGGCUGCCGCUGACUUGGUGGACUUGGGGAGCUGGACGCACUUUACUAAGGAGAUAAACGCUCGCUACGGUCGCAUGACGCCUAUGCCUCCUCUCACUAACGCGGACGGAGAGGAGGAGCCGCGUGAGGGAGAAGAGUUCGCACCACCUCUCCGUGCUCUGAGCGAGGACAAACCCUUGUCAUGGCGUGUGGAUCGUUUACCAGCGACUAUAAUGCCUGCAGUGGGGGAAGUGGCGAUCGUCCGCAGUCUCGUGUGGCCGGGGGCUGUCAGCAUCGCUGUCGGCAAGAAGUUCCUGAACGUGUACGUGGGUACCGGCGUCAAGUUCAUCUCGGAGCCAUUCCAGCUGCCACCUCCUCAGCGCCUGCAGGCUGGCAGUGGCGUGGGCUUGAGUGAAGACAAUCCGGAUGAAGAGGGCAAGCCGACCUUGCGCUGUGAAGUUCCUGUGGAGCAGCCUGACUUGCUGGAAGACCCGUCGCCACCAGCAGAAGAAGAAUAA